AUGGCAUACUUGCAUCUAUAUGUUGAUAAUAUUAUUUUAACUACCUCAUCUGACAGGUUGCGUGUAGGAAUUAUAUCUCAGUUGCAAACUGAGUUCCCUAUGAUCGACCUGGGUCCAUUGAGCUACUUUUUAGGGAUUUCGGUCACCCGUACUCCCUCUUAUUUGCUACUUUCGCAGGAAAAGUAUGCACAGGAGAUCUUGGAGCGUGCAAGUAUGGGCUCUUGUAAACCUGCAGCCACUCCAGUUGACACUAAGUCCAAACUUAGUGUAGAUGCAGGACCACCUUUUCGGGAUCCUACUUUGUAUCGCAGUUUAGCCGGUGGUCUUCAAUAUCUCACCUUUACUAGGCCAGAUAUUGCCUACGCGGUACAACAUGUGUGUCUUUUUAUGCAUGAUCCCCGAGAAUCUCAUUAUGAUGCAUUGAAACGCAUUUUGCGUUAUGUUCAGGGUACCGUUGAUCAUGGCUUACAUUUAUAUCCAUCUACUUCUCAUCGUUUGAUUACUUACACUGACGCUGACUGGGGAGGUUGUCCCGAUACCCACCGUUCCACAUUGAGUUAUUGCUGCUUCCUUGGGGACAACCUCGUUUCUGGAUCAUCUAAGCGUCAGCAUACCUUAUCUAAAUCGAGUGCAGAAGCAGAAUAUCGAGACGUUGCUAAUGUUGUCUCUGAGGCUUGUUGGCUCCGUAAUCUCUUACUUGAGUUACAUCGCCCUCUUCGAUAG